AUGGCGGAAGGUCAACAGCCCAAUGGGCAUGCGACAAAAGGACGGCGUAUGAGCGAGGUCGUGCUGGAAAAGUUGGAUGAGCACUUCCAGCAAGAAGAAAACAUAUUUCUAUUCCUGCCAAACAUUAUCGGAUACUCCCGCAUCGUUCUGGCGUUAGCCUCUCUCUACUACAUGCCUCUACACCCGAGAACAUGCUCCUUACUGUACAGUAUAUCGUGCAUACUGGACGCGCUGGACGGAUAUGCUGCAAGAAGAUACAACCAGUCUACCACCUUCGGUGCUGUGCUCGAUAUGGUCACGGAUAGAUGCACGACUUCUUGUCUGCUCGUCUUUCUGGCGUCAGCUUUUCCGAGAUGGAGCAUUGUUUUCCAGGGCUUGAUUAGCUUGGAUCUGGCAAGCCAUUACAUUCACAUGUAUGCUUCUCUAAGCAUGGGUGGAAGCGGCCAAAGUCAUAAAAAGGUGGACGAAAGCAGGAGCAAGAUUCUGCAUCUAUACUACACCAACAGGACUGUCCUGUUCUUGUUCUGCGCUCUCAACGAACUCUUCUUCAUUGCCCUCUACCUGCUCUCAUUUUCCUCACCACUCCUUUCGCCCUCACUACUUGUUUCGGCAGACCCAGCCAACCCAUCCUCCACCAUCAACGCAGCGACCCCAUCCCAACCUAUCAACCCAGCACACCCCAAGCCUUCUUUGCUGUUUACGAAUCCAUGGUCAGCUGGAGCGAUGGAGAUGGCAAGAGCGAACAAGAUGGAUAGUACAGUACCAUGGAUCCUUGCUGGGAUUAGCGUUGUUCCCAUGUUAGGAAAGCAGGCUAUCAAUGUGAUUCAGUUAGUUAAAGCAAGCAAGUGGUUAGGAGAGGGCGAUGUGGCUGCGAGGCGGAAGGCAGGUAUUACUGCUGGAGUAAGAAAGAACAGGUAA